GAGGGGGGUGGGCCUACUGUUGAAGAUGGGCUCAUUUACCCCGGCUCCUCCUCUAUGAGUCAACCUGCUCUGCUUCCUUAUGACCCUUCAGCAUUUUGACUGCUACUGCCAUUUCUUCUCUACUGCCUGUUUCCUUCACACAUCAGAAGCAAAAUGGCGUCUGGAGUAAAAGUUGCAGACGAAGUGAAACAAAUCUUCAACGCAAUGAAAGUAGUGAAAACUGAGGAUGACGAAAAGGAACGUAUAAGAAUCGUGCUACUUCACAUCGACACAGAAAUUAAAGUGGAGAAAAUCUACCGGCAAAAAGAUCUGGAAGACCAGGAUGAUGUCUUCAAGUUCCUCAAGACUCUGCUGCUUUGUGACCAGUGCCGCUACGUGCUGUAUGACUGCCACUUUGAAAUCAAGGAAAAUAUUCAAAAAGAGGAACUGGUCUUUAUGAUGUGGGCUCCUGACAGUGCAAAAAUGAAAGGUAGAAUGCAGUAUGCUAGCUCAAAAAGCGCAAUUCAGAAGAUUGUAGAGGGGGUCAAGCAUACCAUGGAGGUACACGGCAUUGACGAUAUGGACAAGGACUGUUUUACAGAUCGCCUAAAACAUAAAGUAUUGAAACUUGAGGGCCACUGUGCAACUGGUCAUUAAGCAAACUGUCUUACCCCUGAUUCAUAAAAAGGUACAUUUAAUGGGAUUUGAGGUGAUGCUAGCAAAGUUUCCAGAUCAACUUUGUUUUUUCAAUUGGUCCAACAAAGCUUAAAGGGAAGGUUUUGGCUCCGGAUGGCAUUAGAUUCCUGUAAAACAAGCACCUGAUGCGUUUGCUCUAUAACUGUCCAGUCACACCAGUUUGGCUGUGAAAUCACUUGUUCAGAUCUCAUUUUAUUCACACUUUAACAUACCCAUACUAUGCUUAAUGAUCUGUUUUUCUUGACUGUUACACUUUGAUAAACGCCUAUAAAUAGUACAACUUUUACAAAGUGAAAAUGCAGCAGUUGUUUCACUGAGUAUUGUCUAAUAAAUUCAAUUCAACUGAU